AUGGUUUCCAAGGCUGUCAUCUUCGCUCUCGCAGCCACCCCUCUUGUUGCCGCUCACGGCAAGCCCGUUGUGUUGACUGGCAACCUCGGUGGAAACGGCACUGCUUUGGCCAACAUGGGCGGUGUUGUUCCCUUGACCGGCCCCAACAGGAAGACUGAGGUGGAUACCACUGUCUUCAAGAGCAGGAACAUCAUGACGGACGGCCUUGGCAAGACUACCGGUAAUGGCAAGGUCCAGGUCGCUGAUAUCGACGCCGCCAACCAGAUGUCCGGUGGCACCCUGCCUCAGGUCUCCUCCACUGGUGGCAGCAUCUCUGGAACUUUCCACGUCGUUACUACCGAUGGUGCUGGACCUCUCCGCGCUGUUUUGGACCCCACGGGCACCGGUUCCUUCUCCAAUGGCGUUGAACUCACUGCCACUCAACAAGUCCCUGGCAACGGCGGAAACAUGAGGCCCAAUGGCAGUGUGCCGGGCAAGAAGAACAACGCUCGUGACAUCCUGGAGAGGGCUAUCUUCAAGCGUGCUGCUAAUGUCAAUAAGGACUUCCCUAUGGCUUUCUCCGUCCCCGACGGUACCACCUGCACAGGCACUUCCGGCAACCUGCAGAAUGUCUGCUUGGUUAAGAUUGCCAAUAACAACGGUGCUGGUCCUUUUGGCGGAGUCAUGGCCAUCCAGAUCCCUCCCAAUGGUGCGGCAGCUGGCGGCGCCGCUGCCAAGCGCGAGGUCGCAUUCCAGUCUUAA